AUGGCCGACAACCCGGACGUGGAAUCCACCAACAAGGCCUUCGUGCCCCUCGAAAACAAUCCCGAAGUAAUGACCCACCUCAUCCACCAACUAGGCCUGCCGACAACCCUAGCCUUCACAGACGUCUACUCAAUCGACGAACCGGACCUCCUCGCCUUCGUGCCCCGCCCCUCGCACGCCCUCCUCCUCGUCUUCCCCGUCUCCGCGACCUACGAAGCCGGCCGGAUCACCGAAGACAGCCACCUGCCCGACUACACGGGCUCCGGCCCCACCGAACCCGUGAUGUGGUUCAAGCAGACCAUCCGCAACGCCUGCGGGCUGAUCGGCCUGCUGCACGCCGUCGCCAACGGCGAGCCGCGGCGGCAGAUCAUCGCGGGAUCGGAUCUGGAUUCCCUGCUGCAAGACGCGGAGGGGUUGGAUCCCGUGCGCCGGGCGGAUCUGCUGUACGAGAGCAAGGCGCUGGAGAGCGCGCACGCGGACGCGGCGCGGCUGGGCGAUACGCAGGCCCCGCUGGCGGAGGAGAAUGUGGAUCUGCACUUUGUGGCGUUUGUGAAGGGUGCGGAUGGAAGGUUGUGGGAGUUGGAUGGGCGGAGGAAGGGGCCCCUGGAGCGCGGGGUGUUGGGCCCUGGGGAGGAUGCGUUGAGUGAGAGGGCGUUGGAGUUGGGGGUAAGGCGGUUCUUGCAGGUGGAGGCCCGGGGCGGGAAUCCGGAUUUGAGGUUUAGUUUGGUUAGUUUGGGGCCGAGUUUUGAUUGA